GUAAGUUUGACGUUUCUGCCCAUUUGUCACGACCGGUAACCGCAUGGUCGAGGUGUAAACAUCGCCCGCAUAAGGCAAAAGAUCCGACCGAAGCAAGCUGCUUGCUGUUGUGGGUGCUUCUUUUUUUGUCUAGGGCGGCUGCCAAUCAACCCAAAAGUGUAGCACGCGCGUGUUCAGCCCUUCGUCGUCAGCGUGUCAACCGGAGCGUGGAGCGUGCAGAGCUACUAACCUCGCCAAUCAACCGGCAGCAUGCAGCAGGACGAUAUAACCUGGAGCAUCAUCAGCAGACAGUUCUGCUCGUUCCAGGUGAAGACGGCGACGCAAAACUUCUGCCGCAAUGAGUACAGCCUGACCGGGUUCUGCUCGCGGCGGGCCUGCCCGAUCGCGAACAGCCAGUACGCGACGGUGCGCGAGGAGAAGGGCAUCAUCUACCUGUACAUGAAGACGGCCGAGCGGAACGCGUUCCCGGCCAAGCACUGGGAGAAGGUGAAGCUGUCCCGCAACUUCGACAAGGCGGUGUACCAGAUCAAGGAGAACCUGGUGUUCUGGGACCGGUGGGUGCAGACCAAGUGCAAGCAGCGGUUCGUCAAGAUCACGCAGUACCUGAUCCGGAUGCGGAAGCUGAAGCUGCGCCGGCAGAAGAUGCUGGUGCCACUCGCGACGAAGGUCGAGCGGCGGGAGCGCCGCCGGGAGGAGAAGGCACUGGUGGCGGCCCGCAUCGACAACGCCAUCCAGAAGGAGCUGAUGGAGCGGCUGAAGAUGGGCAUGUACGAGGACAUCUACAACUUCCCGCAGCAGGCGUUCGACCGGGCCCUCGACGAGGAGGAGGUCGAGGAGGACGAGGAGAUGGAGAAUGAGGAGGAGGAGGAAGAGGAGGAAGAGGAGGAGGAGGAGCGGGAGCGGGCGAAGGUGAUGAAUGUGAGCGAAAGCUUGCGGCGCGAGCUCGAGUCGGCGGACGCGUUCGUGGAGGACGACACGGAGGACGACGACGACGAGGACGAUUCGGACGCGGACAGCGUGUCGGGCGUGCGGGAACGGGUCGAGGUGGACAGUGAUUUCGAGUCGGAGGACGAUUCGGACAUGGAGGAUUAUGUGCCGAAGGUGUCGCUGCGGCCACCGAAAUCCGACGACGAGGAAGCGCCAGCCACGGCGGCAGUAGCGGACGCGGCACCGUCCGCCACCAAGAAGGCGAAGGCGCGCAAAACCCGCAAACCCAAGCUCGAGCUCGAGUAUGAAGUGGAGGUUGAAUCACCGGCGCGGCAUAGCGUACAUCAGUGAGGUUGGUUCUGAGUCUGUCCGUCUGUCUGUCUGUCUCUCUGUGUGUACGAGACCAGAGACGACCUUUAAUGUGUACAGUGGGUACGGUACGGGGCAUCCCGGUGGUGGGAACGCGUUCCGGCCGUACCUUUAUGUUUAGCGAUUUAAACACAAUUUCGUUUAUUUUGGUAUCGCUGUUGCAAAAAAGGGAUUUAUCUCCAUUUUCUAACUGAUAUUUGCUAAUCAUUUGAACCGUUUUCGUUUUCGAGACGCGCAGAAUGUGUUUUUGGCGACAUUUUUUAAACACACACACACACACACACACACACACACACACACACACACCAAUCAACCGGCAAACGUUGUUUAAGUUUGAGCCGUUCUCCCACAAUAUUUCCUACUUAUGUUAUGUGCAACAGGAAGAAGAAAACAAAGAUUGUGUGAAUUAAAGGAAGACAUAAAUUUCAUUAACAAAAAAUCUACCACAAA